AUGGUAGAACAAGAAAUAAGCAGAAAAGGGCCAUGGACAGAACAAGAGGAUUACAAACUAGCCUAUUUUGUUGGGUUAUUUGGUGAUCGUAGAUGGGAUUUUAUAGCAAAGGUUUCAGGUUUGAGUAGAUCAGGUAAAAGUUGCAGGUUACGUUGGGUUAACUACCUUCACCCUGAUCUCAAACGUGGCAAGAUGACUCCUCAUGAAGAAUCUCUUGUUAUGGACCUUCACUCUAAAUGGGGAAAUAGAUGGUCAAGAAUUGCUAGAAAACUACCGGGAAGAACGGAUAAUGAGAUUAAAAAUUAUUGGAGGACACACAUGAGAAAAAAGAGAGCACAAGAGAAAAAACACGCAGCAACAACAACAGCACCUUCAAUUUCAUCAUCACCUGAUCAAUCUUCUAGUUGUCAAUCAUCUCUGUUUUCUAACAACAAUCACGCUUCAAACAAAGAGACCGAAGAAGAAGAAGAGAAUUACCAAGUUCAAGAAAUUGAGCAGAGUUACUCAAUGGAUGAUAUAUGGAGAGAUAUUGCUAUGUCAGAAGAAGAUGACAUAAACAUUCUUCAACAAACUGUUUAUGAUGGAACUAGUGAAGAGAAUUGCAACAAUAACUUUUGUUCCUCUAUAAUGCCUUCUGCAUCAUCAUCUUCAUGGAAUUUUUCUAAUUUAGAUCCUUUGUGGGUUAUGGAGGAAGAUGAAAGCAAGAUGUUUGUCCCUCCUAUUCAUGAACAAUGUUUCUCCUUUUAUGAUCAACAAGGGAACACUUUUCUAGCCGGUUAA